AUGUCCACCAUUGCUUCCCCGCGCCCUUCGAUCUCCUCCCGCCGCACCUCCACCUCGGUGGGAGAUGCAGCACCAGCGGAGAGGAGUAGUCGCCGCAACAAAACCUCCGCCCUGCGCGACUACUACGGCUUGAAACCCGGCCUACCAUCCGACACACCACCCCGUGGAAGCCUCGACGUAGACAUUGAACAAGACAGCGAGAUCGACCGGGCGUCCUUCUCGCCCGCCACACACGUCGAGAAGGUGUUAAAGGAGCAGGAUUUGGCAGGCGUGUUGAAGACGGAAGCGAAUCUCGUCAGAGAAAUUUGGGCGUUGGAUGGAGAGAAAAAGGCACUGGUGUACGACAAUUACAGCAAGCUGAUUGGGGCCACCGAGACGAUCAAGAAGAUGCGCGAGAGGAUGGAGACGCGGCAGAUGGAGACGAGCACGCUUACGCCCGCGAUUAGCCAUAUUGCCGAGACGGCGGCGACGCUGUCCGCGGAGUUGUACAAGAAGGCGCCACAAGGGAGAGAGACAGCGGAGGGGAGUAAAAUCGAUGAGAAAAGAAGGGAGGAGCAGGCUACGGUACGAUGGGCACUCUCCGCUCCACAACGGUUGGCGAGGCUGGUGGAACAGGGACAGCAGGCGGAAGCGGAGCGAGAACUGAAGGAUGUCUCGUCAUUGCUGCGGCAUUGGGAUGGUGUCGAGGGCGUGGAUGAGCUUCGUUCGGCUUGC